CCAAGCCGGCACUCCCCCGCGGCGGCCCGCUCCCCGCGGCCAGGAGAAGCUGCUCCCCCCGGCGCCCCUCGUCUUGCCCGCCCGCCGCCCGCGGGAAGCGGCUUCCCCGGCCCUCCGUCCCGCCCGCCGCCCGCCCCCGCCGCAGACACGGGACCAGCUUCGGGGUCAGAUUCGAAGCCGCUUUGGCGCCAAAACCUGAGGUACAGACUGUGCAGACAUCACUUUCUGAAUCUCCAGUAAUGACCAGCCCCUCACAGCGCAUCCAGAUAAUCUCUACAGACUCUUCAGUUGCUUCACCACAACGCAUUCAGAUUGUGACAGAUCAGCAAACAGGACAGAAAAUCCAGAUAGUGACUGCAGUGGACUCCUCCGUAUCCCCGAAACAGCAAUUUAUCUUGACCAGUCCAGAUGGAACUGGAACAGGAAAGGUGAUAUUGGCAUCACCUGAGACAUCCAGUGCCAAGCAGCUUAUUUUCACCACCACGGACAACCUGGUUCCUGGCAGAAUCCAAAUUGUGACCGAUUCGGCUUCUGUUGAGCGCUUAUUGGGGAAAGCAGAUGUCCAGCGGCCCCAAGUGGUAGAAUAUUGUGUGGUGUGCGGAGACAAAGCAUCAGGUCGUCACUAUGGGGCUGUCAGUUGUGAAGGCUGCAAAGGUUUCUUUAAAAGAAGUGUAAGGAAGAAUUUGACAUACAGUUGCCGAAGCAACCAGGACUGUAUCAUCAAUAAACAUCAUCGAAACCGCUGCCAGUUCUGUAGACUUAAAAAGUGCUUAGAGAUGGGCAUGAAAAUGGAAUCUGUUCAGAGUGAAAGGAAGCCUUUUGAUGUGCAACGGGAGAAACCCACCAAUUGUGCAGCUUCAACAGAAAAAAUCUACAUCAGGAAAGACUUAAGAAGUCCCUUGAUAGCCACACCAACUUUUGUAGCAGACAAAGAUGGAACAAGACAAACAGGUCUUCUUGAUCCAGGAAUGCUUGUCAAUAUCCAACAACCUUUGAUACGUGAUGAUGGUACAGUCCUUCUUGCUGCUGACUCCAAGGCUGAGACAAGCCAGGGUGCUCUAGGCACAUUGGCAAAUGUAGUGACAUCCCUUGCCAAUCUCAAUGAAUCUCUGAAUAAUGGUGACCCUUCAGAAAUCCAACAAGAGGACCAAUCAGCAAGUGAGAUAACUCGGGCAUUUGAUACCUUGGCAAAAGCACUUAACACCACAGAUGGCUCUUCAACACCAAACUUAGCAGAUGGGAUGGAUCCUACAGGAGGAGGAAACAUUCAUGUCAUCAGUAGAGAUCAGUCAACACCCAUCAUCGAAGUAGAGGGACCCCUACUCACAGAUACUCAUGUCACCUUUAAACUGACAAUGCCUAGCCCGAUGCCAGAGUACCUCAACGUGCAUUACAUCUGUGAGUCAGCAUCACGGCUGCUGUUCCUCUCAAUGCACUGGGCCAGAUCCAUUCCUGCCUUUCAGGCCCUUGGUCAGGACUGUAAUACAAGCCUGGUACGUGCCUGCUGGAACGAGCUCUUCACCUUGGGCCUGGCCCAGUGUUCCCAAGUAAUGAGCCUCUCCACUAUUCUAGCAGCUAUUGUGAACCACCUACAGAACAGCAUCCAGGAAGAUAAACUUUCUGGUGACAGAAUAAAGCAAGUCAUGGAACACAUCUGGAAACUUCAGGAGUUUUGCAACAGUAUGGCUAAGCUGGAUAUCGAUGGGUAUGAAUAUGCAUACCUUAAGGCAAUCGUACUCUUUAGCCCUGAUCAUCCAGGUUUGGCCAGUACAAGCCAAAUAGAAAAAUUCCAAGAGAAAGCACAGAUGGAGUUACAGGACUAUGUGCAGAAAACCUAUUCAGAAGAUACAUACAGGCUGGCUCGGAUUCUUGUUCGUCUCCCAGCGCUUAGGCUGAUGAGCUCCAGCAUUACUGAAGAACUUUUUUUUACCGGUCUCAUAGGCAACGUUUCAAUAGACAGCAUAAUCCCCUACAUUCUGAAAAUGGAAACUGCAGAAUACAACGGCCAGAUAACAGGAACGAACUUAUAGUGGGAACAACACAUCUUCAUGGAUCAAAAUAAUUUUCAUAGAACCAGUAACCACACCAUUAAGAUAAAAAGAAAAUAAAAAUAGGGAUAUUUUGGUAUGUACAGAUAUUUCCCGUAUAUUAACCAUUUCCUACCUGGUUUCUUCAUCUAGGAGGCCCCAACAGUAGCUACUGAAAGCCUAGGCUCCUUUUCUGCCACAAGGAAUAUUUUAAUGACUUUUGAUUUCUGAAAACAAAAAACAAAUAAGGUGUCAGAUUUCUGAGCAACCUUUUAACUCACUUUGUACUUAGAAGUUGACAGAGGGCAAAAAAAAGUUUUCUAACGUCGGAGACUAGUAUUAAAGAAUACUGAAAACCAUAUCUGUAUAUGCAUAUAUACCAGGGCCCUUGGGAAUGUUUAGCAGUUAAUUACCAGGGUAAUGACAUAAGCACUUUCUGAGAACUUCUUGUCCACUUCAUAAUGUUAUCAGCAUCCUGCCUGUGAAUAGGCAAGGAGAAAAUGAUGUAUAUCCUUGGCCAAAAUGCUGAUAACUUCUGUGAAAACUUAGAGGAGGGACAGAAAAAGAGACAAUCAUUUCUACCUAAGGCAAAAAGGCAUUGCGAGUUUGGAUGCACAUGGUGGUGGUGUGCAUCUUGAAGGUCCUCACAGCUACUGAGAAUGUGGUUUAUUUGCAGCAGGUCUACAGCACAAUUAGCGGCUGAAUGACUGCCACAGCACUGACCCUGCAAGAGCGGUCAGUGGUCACGAGCCCUGUGGAGACGUGAACAUGACCACAGAGCCACGGCUUCUUUUACUAGCUGGCUCUCUGGAUUGCAAUGCAAUUAGUCAGUGAUUAACUGCCAAGAUAGAUGUUCAGCCUCUCCAGUAACUGAACGUAUCCCCAAUCUAUUCCUUCCUCCUAUUGGCUCCACAGUGCAGUGGGCAUUUGGUCGGCUUCUGCAGGCCCACAGUGCCUCUUUGAUCAGUCCCAGAUAAACAGAAUCAGAUGAGUAGAAAGUUUUCCUCCCCCUGCCUCCAUUCCCUGAAUUCUCCCAUUUCAUUUUACAUUGAUGUCCCAUUUGGGUUGGCGUUCAGAAUAUUGGCUAUUUUUAAAAAAUCAUGUGCUCCUGCAGUUAAUGACUAAUUAAUUGUAUUAAGGUUACUAAUGUCUUUGGCUUUUGUACUGGAGAAGUAACCCAGAAGUAUCAGGAUGUUAAUUUGGUAUUGAUAAGUUCCUACUUAAACUGAAUAGAAUGAGUGACUGGGGAUUUUCUCUGUUGUCAUUCAGACACCAGUCAUAUUGUUUUUAUUGUGUCUUCAUCAAACUGCUUUGAUAAAAUGUAACCUUUGUAUGUGUAAGGCCAGUCACUGAGGUGAGCGCACCGGCACCUAACGUGCACUUUGUGGGCCUGUUUUUAUAGUGGCCUGUUUCACACCUUGGGCUCCUGGGUGUAAGGAUCAAGCAAAGAAUGUGUCCACUGUUACUUUAAAAAAUUAACAGCCCUAGGUGAUGUCCAGAUAGAGCGUUUAAAUUAAUUCAGAAGGAUGUAAAUAAGGGCAAAAUUGUAGAUUCACCACUUUUUGUUCCCUUUUUGUGUUCAUGCAAAUUAAGAAAAAACACCCUGUAAUGUGGAGUUUAGUGUUGUGUCCCUUGACAGAUGGGUCUAUUAGCGAUCGCAGAUGACUCUUUUGAGGUAAUGAAUGUUGUCUUUAAGUAGCUAGCAAAGUUACACUGGUUUCAUCAUUAAGACUUCUUCCCUGGCCACACUUGUCCUUUGGCUCACAGGUACGGCUUAUUCCUCAUUUUGAUCUGCCACAUUCCAGUAGCUCUCUUUUCAUAACAAUUGGACAAAUUAACUGCCCAGUAUUAUGUACAAGGUGUAAGAGAAAACUAAUCAUCCCUGGCACUAACACAGGCAUCCCUGUUGUCCCCUGGGCCACUUUGUUAAAUGAGCUAGAAGUUGCCGUAGCUUUCUGGAGUCAGUUCAGAGUCAACCAAAAUUGAGUAUUAGCCAGUCUUUAAGAUAGCCAUUGUUAGUGGGAAAUUCAUCUACUUAAGACAUCAGCCCCCACUUCUAAACUCCAAUUUUGGUGGAACACCUCAUGGUAUUAAAUGUGACCAUUUAAAAGUUAUGUAAAUAUAAGGGGAAAUAAUAGAAUUUUUCUGCUUUUGGUAAGGUUUAUUUUGUUUUGUUUUUAUUGACUCCCCAAUGUUUUGAAUGAUGAAGGAAAUUUGGCCAAAAUAAUGAAGUUGAUGGCUGUCUGUAUCAGUAUAAAGGAUGUUGGUAGAUAACACUUGUAACCAAUAGGUUAUCCCACAAAAAAUAAUACCCUUUUUAAACGCAGGCACACUAAUGAGCAUGUGGGGCAGUUCUAGAAGAACAGCGUCUGUGUUGAGUCUUUCAUGAGGCGUAUUGGCUCUGAGCUCCCUGUUGGUAGUGGUUUUGAUCAGUGAUGAGACAGCAAUUGUUGACGCAUGCUAGUUCACCUGAUUCCUAUUUCAUUUGAGGGUUGGGGGUGGGACGUGCUUUCCAUUUUCAUUAUGUUGUUUUGAUUAAAACUGUCUUAUCAAAUUGGAGUUAGGCCAUCAUAAGACUUAGAAUAAUGUCCCCAGAGCCAAAGUUAUUUCAACUCUAUCAGAAGAAUGGAAUAGAUGCUAACACUUUGGGUAAAGAAGCAACCUUUAAAAAGGUGAGGAUUUGUGCUACAGUGACUUCAUAGUGCCUGCAGAGACAAGUCACUUUAGGUCUUUCUUUGUUUACAGUAUUUAAACAUCCCUGACAGUGCUGACCAAAUUGCUUCUAAGGAAACAAAAUAUUUUAAGUUUUUGAAACAUUCUCCUUAACGACCAGAGUCUUCUUGGUUCAAUUAUCAAAGAAUAAUUUUCCAUGGGUAUUAUUUCAGUUGAAUGACUUAAAUUCUGUCCUAUCAGAAAUUGUCUAAACUAGAGCCUAGGUCAAAAUAGCCUUGAUAGUCACUUUAUUUUCCGCAGUUGGGCAGAGAAAAACACUCAUGGGUCAUGACUUCUUUUAAGGAAUUCCUUCCAAAAGAUUGGCCUCAAACUUUGACCCUUAAGUUAUUACCAUUGCUUAUUAAUAGAGCUCAUGAAAUACUAAAUUUAGCAAGAAGAGAGAUCAGUUCUCUAUCCACUAAGUAAUCUGAAUGGUAGAAAUGAAAGGUUUCUCCAGACAGUGAAGUCCUUUUAAUCUACAUUGAUAAACAGAAUCCCUUCAAGAUGGAGAGUGGUCUUAACAGUGGCCAGAUAGUUAACAUUUAGCUGUUACUUAGUUUCCUGGGAUAGAGCCACAAACACUUAGUUUUUUUUUCUUUUUCUUUUACAAUUUAUGAGACAUUUCCCCCAGUUCCACACAUAAACAUUCUGAUAAAGUGCAGUCAUAUACCUAGGAAACAUGAAGUUGAUAUCCUUUCUGAUAAUAGAAUAUGCCUUAAGUUUAAAAAAAAAAGCCACUCACUUCAGAAGUUCAGUACCUCCACUUAAAGAAAGAUGUGGCAUCUGGGUGAUAGGAGAAAUGAUUGCAUCCUGUAAACCAAGUACAUAGAAAUUACCAGGAAGAAAUUUGAUUCAAGAGAAUGAGUGCUUCCAAGCAUUUUCUUAAAACCUGAAUGCAGGGAGGGCUACCGCCUGCUUCUCUGAUUGGGAGUGGGGUGGAGGGGGUGGCGAGGGGAGACACUUGAGAGAAAAUCUCGAAAGAAGCUUGACCCUGAACACCCUUAAGCUCAACUAGAGGACCAAAGAGGCAAAAUCUUUGAUGAUAUUUACACCAUGGCCCUAUCAGCCAGGCUUCCAAUCACUGCCCUCUGCUCUGCCACUCUUGGCUUGCCUGAAAAAGGACUCUCUCCAGAGAGUCAGUAGAUAGACGUGGCCUUCACAAACACAUGCCCUGAACUUCUUCUGUUAAAUAAAACCUUGCUUUGAAGACUGUGAUAGCACCAGUGGGUUUUAAAAGGCAGUGGUACUGACACUUGGAAAAAAAGAUUGGAGUGGUCUAAAUCAUAUAAGAAAAGAAUUACAGUUUCCCAUUUCUCUUAGGUUUUACAAAGCUCAGAAUUCCAAAAACAAGACUAAGAAAGCAUUUUUAGUAAAUGUAACAUCAUUUUUCUAGUUAUGAAAUUUGUGGUUAUGAAGAUUUUUUUAAAAUAUUAUUUAUUGUCCAGUCCUUUUCCAAGAAUGUGAUGAGUUUUGAGGUUGUGUUGGGUUGUGUUUUUUUUUCCUGCAACUUAAGGUAUAUUGUGUGUUAGAUGUGUUCUAUAAUUCUCCGAUUUGGGGAUGAUUUUUUUAGGUUCUCUCAGAGUCAGUAUUAAAUGUUAAUUAACUUUAGGUUUAUGAUGCUUUAGAUGGCAGGCUAAUGACAGUGUGGCUGUAUCUAUUCUACUAUGGGUGUCUUUAUGCUUUAGCAUCCUGUCAUAUAAUUUAUUUGUGUACACACUACAGACCUAGAUUUUUAAUUUACUUCUAGGGUUGAUGCACAGAGCUGUAAAAGGUCUGGAUAUGUGUAGUGCAUUUAGUCUGGGGGAAAAAAAUCCUUAUCCUUCUGGCAAAAUUAUAUUAGAGAUCCUUCUUACAAUCCAUGAUUUGUUCCAUACCACAUGUGUAUAAUGUAGGUGUUUUUUUUUUUUGAAUCCAGGAUAGCUCCAGUUCAGAAACAGUUCUCUAUUUUGGUAGCUAGACCUCUUCCUGGGAGUAGAGUCUGGGUGUGAAUUGUCCCUAUUUUCCAUUGUAGAUACAUUACAGUGACCCUCCUCUCCCCCCCAACAUUUCUUGGACUCCACAGCACCAUCUCCUGAUGUAGCUUAAUUGGAGCAGGUUCUUGGUUCCUUAUGAGGUGACUACCUUUUGGUCCCAGUUGGCAGGGUAGAAUACUUACUCUGCGUGCUUCCUCCUAUCUCACUUUUUCAAACCCUUUGGAUUAUGGGGGAUUCUUUUUAAAAGAAAUAUCUUAACUCAGAUUUAAAGACAAAGAGAGAGAGCCCUAAUAGACUUGGGGCUAUGUGGGGGUGGGGUGGUUUUGUAUGCAGGUUUAUAAAUAUCUUCUUUUGUGCCUCCCAAAAUUGUGCAUUUCUGCAUGUCCUGUACUAGAAAUCACUUCAGCAACUAUGUAUGUGUACAGAUUUGUAUGUACGUGUGUAUGAAUGAAUGACUUUAUAAGUGUUUAUAUCUUAUAUAUAUGUACAGUGUAAAUAUGUGUGUAUGUUUAUAUAUGUAUAUUAUGUAUACAGAUACGUAGCCAUGUAUUCAAACAUUUUUAUGUUUAAAGAGAGUUUAUGAUUGAGUUGCUAAUAUGAGCUAAAUUGUCUUCAAUGUUUAUACAAUCCCUCAGCAUUGGAGGUUUUCCUAAACCUUUUUAUAUUUUUCUUAUUUGAGUGGUUGCUUUGGGGGGCAGUACACCACCCAGGGAAAGAAAAGUUAGCUAAGUCCUAACUGUACAAGUUUAAAAAAAAAAGAUGAAAUAAAAACUGUUCCAGUAGAAUGCACAUGUCCAUCUAUUCCCUAUCUAUACUAUAUAGUGGAGGAUAAUGGCUUGAGUUCAGAGGGCAUUGGGGAAGGAGCAUUCUAGUUUACUCUAUCUAGAAUAGUCUUUCUCCCUGUUUUCUUCAGUGCCUAACUGGAAGAACAGGAGGAUGUGGUGUGUGAACAAACUUCUCCAUUUCCCAGAGCACACUGGCAAUAACCCACCCCAGCUGCAGGAAUUCUCCUAAAAAAAUAACAUUUGCAGAUUCAGUGAUGAAGAGUAGCUUAUUUCAAUGAUGUGGACUCAGCUCCCAAGUGUGGUAUUGGUUUUCCACUCUUGCUGGUGCAUCAGUCAGAAGGAUCCUUUCAUGAUGAAUAUGUCUGCUGAGGGUAGCUGUUCUCUCUAAUGUUCCAGAUGAGGAGGGGUUGGAAGAGGUCAGGGAAGGGGAGCGAGCAGGAAAAAAAAUGAAUUAAGCAGGGGCAGUUCUGAAAGGUGACAUAUUUUUUUUCAAUCAAGUAUUCCUUUUUGGGGGAAGGAAAAAAGGUGUGAAUAUUGUUACCACUGUUGACUUUUAUGUAGCACUUUGUUUAGCUACCAAACUGAAAUCCCAUUUAGUCACCUGAAGUCAGCUGAAGGAGUUUUCUGCCCGUAAUUAUGCUUAGUUUUAAAUUCAAAGCCACAAAUGGCUCUAAAACUGCUUUGUGUAUGUACCCAUAAUGAUAAAUGCAGAACUAUCUCUGUCAGAUUCCACACUAAUGCUUAAAAAAAAAAAGUCAUGUGGAUUUAAAAGAACUUACACCUAAGGAGAAAACUAUCCUCUCCAUCAACCAUGGUACAGUAAAAAAGAUGGCAACAUUGUAGCUGAAUUCAGUUAUGGGAAGCUGGCUUACAAAAAAUAUGUAAAAGGCAGCAUGCUGGAACAAACAUAUUAGUGGCUGUGAAGAAAUGAGAGAGAGAGAAUCACAUACUUUUUUUUUU